AUGGCGCAGAGGGAGCAGCAACAAGCAGCGGUCUCAGACGGGACGCGCAGUCGCAAGGGAUGUCUCACCUGCAGAAUCCGCAAGAAGAAGUGCGACGAGGAGCUACUAGCAUGCAGUGCUUGCCGGUCAAGAGACCUUGCAUGCUACGGUUUCAACGUGCCGCCACCGUCUUGGAUCCGUAACAAGACCUCAUGGAAAGAUGUCCUGGAGUCCAAUGAAGCGAGAGCUCUACGGACUGUCGCGGAGCUACGGUACAAAGUCUCGAGGAAGCUGGAUUCUAGAGAUACUACUUGUGGUGUGACGGGACUCUUGCCGACCGACUCAGGGAGCAACAGCAACCAGUACGGGCCUCACGACUUCCCAAGUGCCUAUGAGGCUUUAUUGGGCACAUUUCAUCGCGACAUCUUCUGA